UCUCCAUCUGUCCUCUGCUCUCCUCCCUGUUUUCUUCCUUGACUGUACUCUCUCACUCCGUUUGAGUGGUUGAUCCUGGCCACCAUCUGUGCCAACUGUAUUGUCCUGGCUCUGGAGCAACAUCUGCCUGAUGGAGACAAGACUCCUCUGUCUGAACGCCUGGAUGACACUGAGCCCUACUUCAUAGGGAUCUUCUGUUUUGAGUCAGGCAUUAAGAUCCUGGCUCUAGGAUUUGCCUUCCAUAAGAACUCCUACAUAAGGAACGGAUGGAAUGCCAUGGACUUCGUAGUAGUAUGCACAGGGAUUCUGUCUACAGUGGGAUCGGACUUCGAUUUGCGGACUCUGAGAGCGGUCCGUGUGCUGAGACCCCUCAAACUGGUGUCUGGGAUACCCAGCCUCCAGGUGGUCCUCAAGUCCAUCAUGAAGGCUAUGAUUCCACUGCUGCAGAUCGGCCUGUUGCUAUUCUUCGCCAUCCUCAUGUUCGCUAUCAUCGGCCUGGAGUUCUACAUGGGCAAAUUCCAUACUACCUGCUUCGACAUUCACACAGAUGAGAUUCGUGAGGAAGUUCCGUGUGGGACCGAAGCCCCGUCGAGACUAUGUCCAAACGGGACCACGUGUCGAAAGUAUUGGCUGGGGCCUAACUACGGCAUCACCCAGUUUGACAACAUCCUGUUUGCCGUGCUAACAGUCUUCCAAUGUAUUACCAUGGAGGGAUGGACUGACCUGCUCUACUAUAGCAAUGAUGCCUCAGGGAGCGCGUGGAACUGGAUGUACUUCAUUCCCCUCAUCAUCAUCGGCUCUUUCUUCAUGUUGAACCUGGUCCUGGGUGUACUGUCUGGGGAGUUUGCCAAAGAGAGAGAGCGAGUGGAGAACAGGAGUGAGUUUCUAAAGCUGAGGAGACAGCAGCAGAUAGAGAGAGAGCUCAAUGGAUACCUGGAAUGGAUUUGUAAAGCAGAAGAAGUGAUCUUAGCAGAUGAUGAAGACCCUGAUGCCUUUGACGGCACCCGCAGGAGACCCACCAUCAAAAACCACAAGAACAAAACAGAUCUCCUUAACCCAGAGGAUGGGAAUGGAGACCUGGCAGUGGGUUCUCCCUUUGCGCGGGCCAGUCUGAAGAGUUCCAAGCUGGAGGGCUCUAACUUCCAUAAGAGGGAGCGUCGUCUGCGUUUCUUCAUCCGACGCAUUGUGAAGACCCCGUAUUUCUACUGGAGUGUACUGUGUCUGGUGGGACUUAACACCAUGUGUGUGGCUGUAGUACACUACGACCAGCCUGAACCACUCUCAGACUUCCUCUACUUUGCAGAGUUCGUCUUCUUGAGUAUCUUCAUGUCUGAGAUGGGUAUAAAGAUUUAUGGACUGGGGUCACAGCCUUACUUUCACUCCUCCUUUAACUGCUUCGACUGCAUUGUAAUAUGUGGCAGCAUAUUCGAGGUGCUGUGGGGUUUUAUCCAGCCUGGGACAUCCUUUGGUAUCAGUGUAUUACGAGCUCUAAGGUUACUGAGAAUCUUCAAAGUCACCAAGUACUGGGCGUCUUUGAGGAACCUGGUUGUAUCUCUGCUCAACUCCAUGAAAUCCAUUAUAAGCCUGCUCUUCCUCCUCUUCCUCUUUAUCGUCGUCUUCGCUCUGUUGGGCAUGCAACUCUUCGGAGGACAGUUUAAUUUUGAAUCUGGCACUCCCCCAACCAACUUUGAUACUUUCCCUGCAGCAAUAAUGACUGUGUUCCAGAUCCUGACCGGAGAAGACUGGAACAUGGUCAUGUAUGAUGGAAUAGAAUCUCAGGGAGGAGUCAACAACGGGAUGGUCUUCUCAGUCUUCUUCAUUGUGCUCACGCUUUUCGGCAACUACACUCUGCUGAAUGUGUUUUUGGCCAUUGCUGUGGACAAUCUGGCCAACGCACAGGAACUCACUAAGGAAGAGGAAGCCGCUUCCAAGAAAAAUGUUUUGCAAAAAGCCAAGGAGGUGGCCGAAGUCAGCCCUCAGUCUGCAGCCAACCUGUCUAUAGCGGCCGAGAAAGUAAACAGCACAGGUCACAACGCUUCCGACCCCUUUCUGGACUGUAAAGAGCAGCAGAAGAACAAUAAGGGUGGUAAUAAGUCCGUGUGGGAACAGAGGACCAAGGAGCUGAGGAAACAGACUCUAAUGACCAGCAGAGAGGCCCUCUACAACGAACUGGACCCAGAGGACCGCUGGAAGGUGAACUACUCCCGCCACAUCCGUCCUGACAUGAAGACCCAUACAGACCGCCCUCUAGUGGUGGACCCCCAGGAGAACCGCAACAACAACACCAACAAGACCACCAAAGAGCCUGAUCCCCCCCCCAGCCAGCAGCACGCUGACGAGCUGGUCCGCAAGCAGACACACGUCCACGAGAGAGGAGGUGGGGGAGGAGGAGGUGGGGGCUCAGGGUCUGGUUCAGGCCCUGGAAGGCCUUACGAGCGGGCAGACUCUACGGAGAGCCGCAGGAGCCGUAAGGAGAGCAAGGAGCACCAGGAGCUCCAACACCACCACUCCUCCCAUACCCGCCUAGAUGCAACGAUGCUGGGACAGAGUGGAGAGGAGAGGCCCCAGAGAAGGCACCACCACCCACGGGGCCAGGUGGGCUCAUCGGAGCACAGGAAACCCCGCCAGCACCGCAUGCCCCCAGAGGACGAAGAGGGGGGAGGUGGAGGUGGUGGAGGAGGAGGAGGAGGAGGAGGGGAAAGGCGACACAAGAGCAGGGGGACAGAAGGAGAAGGCGAGGGGGAGCAAGAAGGGGGUGAUGGAGGUGAGAGGAGGCAGAGACGGCAUCGCCAUGGCACUCAGUCAGGGUGUGAUGGUGAGGGGAAGAGGACGCGGCAACACCGCAGGAAGGAUGGUCCCAACCUGUCCACCACACGGCCCAUCCAGAAGAGCCUCUGUAGACAGGACAGCCAGUACAGCGAGGACAUGGACAAUGUCAUGAACAGUAAAUUGGCCACCAGCCAGCCCCAGCUAACCCCAGGCUCCACCCAGCAGCCCUGCCCAGCCUCGGGUCUCCCCAGCCCAGCCAACCACAAUACUCCAGGCCCAGGCUUCGGCCCUGCAGGCCUCAACACUCACCUGACCAACAGCAGCUCCCACCUGGGCCUAGAUGGAAGCCUGGUUCCUGCAUACGGAAGUAGCACCCGGAUACCGGACCACACGGCAGUGGACAUACCACCCAUGUUUCCUUCCCACAACGCCAUAUUGCAGGUCAAUAAGAAUGCUAACACGGAGCCUCUGCCUAAGAAGGAGGAUAAGGAGGAUGAUGAUGAUGAGAAGGGUGAUGAAGAUGGACCCAAACCAAUGCCUCCCUAUAGCUCCAUGUUCAUCCUCUCUACCACCAACCCGUUCCGGAGACUAUGCCACUACAUUGUGACUCUGAAAUUCUUUGAGUUUGGUAUCCUGUCUACCAUCGCUAUGAGCAGUAUCGCCUUGGCAGCAGAAGACCCCGUCUGGCCAGAAUCACCUCGCAACAAUGUUCUGCGCUACUUUGACUAUGUGUUUACGGGAGUGUUCACCUUUGAGAUGUUGAUUAAGAUGGUGGAUCUGGGCCUGGUGUUGCACCAGGGCUCCUAUUUCCGUGACCUGUGGAACAUCCUGGACUUUAUAGUGGUUAGUGGUGCUCUGGUGGCCUUCGCCUUCACGAGCAGUAGCGGGGGAAGCAGUAAGGGGAAAGACAUCAGCACAAUCAAGUCUCUGAGGGUUCUGAGAGUGUUGCGACCUCUGAAGACUAUCAAGCGUCUUCCAAAGCUCAAGGCUGUGUUUGACUGUGUGGUCAACUCCCUGAAGAACGUCCUGAACAUCCUCAUCGUCUACAUGCUCUUCAUGUUUAUUUUUGCUGUGGUGGCCGUGCAGCUGUUCAAAGGGAGAUUCUUCUACUGCACUGACGAGUCCAAAGAGUUUGAACGCGAUUGCAGGGGCGAAUAUCUAGUCUAUGAGCGGAAUAAUGAAGUGAAGGCGCAGAAGCGGGAGUGGAAGAAGUACGAUUUCCACUACGACAACGUGCUUUGGGCCCUGCUCACCCUCUUCACCGUGUCUACCGGAGAGGGGUGGCCGCAGGUGCUGAAACAUUCAGUGGAUGCGACCUAUGAGAAUCAGGGCCCGAGCCCGGGGUACCGGAUGGAGAUGUCCAUCUUUUACGUGGUGUACUUCGUGGUCUUCCCCUUCUUCUUCGUCAAUAUCUUCGUAGCUCUCAUCAUCAUCACUUUCCAGGAGCAAGGAGACAAGAUGAUGGAGGAUUACAGUUUAGAGAAAAACGAGAGAGGCUGCAUAGACUUCGCCAUUAAUGCCAAACCGUUGACGCGACACAUGCCUAAGAACAAGCAAAGCUUCCAGUACCGCAUGUGGGAGUUUGUGGUGUCGCCGCCAUUCGAGUAUACAAUCAUGGCUAUGAUCGCGCUCAAUACUAUCGUACUGAUGAUGAAGUAUGACGGAGCCUCUCCGGCCUACGAGGCUGUGCUGGCCAACCUGAACAUCGUGUUCACCUCGCUGUUCUCCAUGGAGUGUGUGCUCAAGAUCAUCGCCUUUGGAGUGCUGAAUUACUUCAAAGAUGCCUGGAACAUUUUUGACUGUGUGACAGUCCUGGGCAGCAUUACAGAUAUUUUAGUGACUGAGCUCGGGAUGAAUAACUUCAUCAACUUGAGUUUCCUGAGACUGUUCAGGGCUGCCAGGCUCAUCAAACUGCUCCGGCAGGGAGAGACCAUCCGCAUCCUGCUCUGGACCUUUGUUCAAUCCUUCAAGGCGCUGCCGUACGUGUGCCUGCUUAUCGGCAUGCUGUUCUUCAUCUAUGCCAUCAUCGGGAUGCAGCUGUUUGGGAACAUAGGGAUGGAGGAGGAGGAGGGGAGCGCCAUCAACGAGCACAACAACUUCAGGACUUUCUUCCAAGCUCUCAUGCUGCUCUUCAGGAGUGCCACGGGCGAGGCGUGGCAUGACAUCAUGCUGUCGUGUCUUGGAGGGAAGCUCUGUGAUCCUCUGGCAGGGAACACUGAACCAGAGUGUGGCAGCCAGUUUGCCUACCUCUACUUUGUGUCCUUCAUCUUCUUCUGCUCCUUCCUGAUGCUGAAUCUGUUUGUGGCUGUCAUCAUGGACAACUUUGAGUACCUGACCAGAGACUCCUCCAUCCUCGGCCCACAUCAUCUAGACGAGUAUGUCAGGAUAUGGGCUGAAUAUGACCAAGCAGCUUGCGGUCGCAUUCAUUAUAAGGAUAUGUACAGUUUAUUGCGAGUUAUCGACCCGCCUCUUGGCUUAGGAAAGAAAUGCCCCCAUAGAGUGGCCUGCAAGAGGCUGCUGCGGAUGGACCUCCCGGUCGCCGACGACAACUCAGUCCACUUCAACUCCACCCUGAUGGCCCUGAUCCGCACGGCGCUGGACAUCAAGAUCGCCAAGGGUACGGAAGGAGGUGUGGACAAACACCAGAUGGAUGCAGAGCUGAGGAAAGAGAUGAUGGCGAUUUGGCCCAAUCUCUCCCAGAAGACCCUGGACCUCUUAGUCACGCCACAUAAGUCAGCAACAGACCUGACGGUGGGGAAGAUCUACGCUGCCAUGAUGAUCAUGGAGUACUACAGGCAGAGCAAGGCCAAGCGCUCUCAGGCGCGGCUAGAGGCGGAGCAGAAUCGAACGACAUUACUGUUUCAGCGCGUGGAGCCGCCCUCCCCCAUCCAGGAUGGGCCUCUCUGCCUCCCUCCUACCCAACCGGCAGAUCCCAUCAACACCCUACCGGUGGAGGGGGGGGUUCCAGAGAGCCAGUCGUGGGUGACAGUGCGGGCUCAGGAGAUGUCCCAGAGAGUAGGCAGCUGGAGUCCUGAGGGACAGCACUCUGAGGAUGGCCUGGGCAGCAGGCAUAACUCGCAGACGGUAGAGAUGAGAGAGAUGGGGCGUGACGGUUACUCAGAUACCGAGCACUUUCAGCCAAUGGACGGCCACGGAAGGGCUGCUUCCAUGCCACGCCUUCCAGGCGACAACCAAACUAUAACAGAUAAUAGUCCUAUGAAGCGCUCGGCCUCCUCCCUUGGUCACAGUCGAUCUGGGAGGGGCCAGAGGGAAAGGGGAGGGGCCGAUGAUUAUGCAAUGGAGUAUGUGAUCCCCGAGGAGGGUGGAGCACCGAGGCACAGCCACCGACGCCGCGACCGAAGCCACCGGGCCUCCGAGCGGUCACUGUGUCGAUAUACAGACGCAGAUACAGGACUGGGCACAGACUUGAGCACCACCACUCAGUCAGGUGACCUGCCACCCAAGGAGAAGGACCGUGACCGCGACAGAGACCGCAGUCGGCAGAAAGACCGCAAACACCACCACCAUCACCACCACCAUCACAGCGGCUCUGUGGACAAGGAGCGCUACACACCAGACCGCGCCGACCGGGGGGGAGAGCACGGUGGUCACAGACAGCCCCGAGGAGACAGAGACCACGACCGGGAUAGGGAGCACGACCGUCGUUGGUCACGGUCACCCAGCGAGGGCAGAGAGUGCAUGACACACAGACAGGGCAGUAGUUCGGUGAGCGAAAGUCCCGCUCCCUCUACCUCGGGGACCAGUACCCCGAGACGAGGCCGUCGGCAACUCCCUCAGACCCCGGCAACGCCCCGCCCACACGUCACCUACUCUCCUGUUGUCCGUAAAGCCAUGGCCACACCUCCCGGAGCACAGCCCCUGGGGCGCAAUCCCGCCCCCGCCCCUCACCGCUUCUCCCCUGAGCCCCCCCAGGGACCUCCCCCGCCCCACCAUGGCUCACCCAACCAAGCCUGCCACCCCCCUCCCCGCUGGGGGGAUGGGGGAGGAGGAGGAGGAGAGAGUGGGUCGCUGGAGGGCGACGGCUGCUUCUACAACCAGGACUACCAGGAUUACGACCGUGAGCACCACAAACCGCCUCCCUACGAGCAGAGCCCCACACAGGGCAACCCUCACAAGCCUCACCCCCUCAACCACCCUACUCUUCCCGUGCUAAACCAUCCCCCAACCCCACAGCAGCAGCACCCUAUCAACCCGCACCCAAACAACCCCCACCCCAACAACCCCCACUCCCGCACCUCGCCCAGGACUUCCCGCCACGCGCCCCCACCCAACACCACCCCCCCACCCCCAAGGGCAGCAGCCACCCCCCACUCGACGUCUCCCCAACGGGUACCGCGCCUCUUCCCCCUCCUCGCAACACCACCACGGCCCCACCCACCCCGGGCCCCACAAGGUCCCCCCUCCCCAGCCUAGAGGGCCCCGCACUAAAGACCUGCACGAACCCUACAACAACACGGAUGAUAACAGGUGCUAGCCUCUGGAGACUAUGGCGGGAUGGAUGGAGGGAGGGAGGGAGGGCUCAACCACACUGUCUGAGUUAUCAGUCCCUACCUCCCAGCCCAGGAAAACACACAGCCAGAGCACUGACCACUGACAGGGGAAACCAAGGCAUGAUUCUUUCUUUCCUUAUUUCCGUUUGUUUUUAUUUUCGUUUCUUCUGCUGCUCAGUGUUUCCUGGGGAUGGAGGGAGUGAGGAAGGGGUAGUUAGAAUAAAGGGAUGAGGAGGAGGACCACUGAAGGAUGAGUGGAAAUUAGUGAACAGGGUAUGGAGUACAAACCAAUUCCUUCUCCAAAAACUAUGGAACCCAGCUCAUCAGAUGCAAGGAGUUUUUCAAAAUGGAUGAUAUAGGGGACGGAUGCUUUUCUCAACGUAUCAUGAUGCUACGCCUCUGGAAACAAUAUUAAAAACCGUCACAACGACCAAGACGUCAUCACGUAAUCAACGCAAAAAACUAUGACAUUGCGGAGAACUAAGUGGAGUUGCGUUAGUUGCAAAAACCAACCACGAACCCCGAUUAUGGGGGGAUAUUGAUGAGUUUUAUCAUCUGUGUUUACUGUUAAUAAUGACAUCAGUGAUGAUGAGCCUUCCACCUGAGUGUAGUGGGGGGAGUGGGGGGGACACCGGGACACACACCCUAACUCUGAACGAGAGAGGGGGUAAUGUAGGUGGAAUCUAUCCAUUCCAACCCCCCAACCCCCCCAAAAAGAUUCCGCCCCAACCGAGUAGAGAAGAAACAUAAAAAAGUGGAUGGUGAACAUUAAAAAAAAGAAACUUAAAAACAAACAUUUUCUUCAGUAUUUCUUCUUCUACUCCUGCGGCUGCUACUUUUCCCUCUUCCUCUUCUUCUUCUUCUUCUUCUUCGAAACAUUGAAGCUUGAUUCUUCUGUUGCACCCGCACAGCUUCGUUGGAACUUACAGAGUUUAAAAACCUGUGGAAUCCUGCAUGAUUGAAACAAAAAAAUGAUAAUAAAGAGAAACUACUGUAAUGUGGGGGAAAGUAUCCCUGGGUCCUUUCUAUAUUAGUAUGUGGGGUUCUCUCCUUUUCCUGUAGAUCCCUUUGUUUCUCUCUUCUCCCUGAGGCGUCCCUCUCUCUCUCUCUCUCUCUCUCUC